UCCUUUGGUUUUUCACUCGCCUUAGACAAGCACAAGCCUAAUCAGAACCAGAAAAUGGCCGUUGCCGCUAUGCUCGCCGCAGCUGAUGUGGAUGCUGCUAUUGCUGAAUGCCAGGCUGCUGAAUCCUUCAACUUCAAGUCCUUCUUCGCCAAGGUCGGUCUGUCCGCCAAGUCCUCCGAUGAUGUCAAGAAGGCUUUUGCCAUCAUUGACCAGGACAACAGCGGCUUCAUUGAGGAGGAGGAGCUGAAGCUGUUCCUGCAGAACUUCAAGGCCAGUGCCAGGGCUCUGACCGAUAAAGAGACCAAGGCCUUCCUUACUGCUGGUGACAGUGAUGGUGAUGGCAUGAUUGGAGCUGAUGAGUUUGCUGCUCUUGUAAAGGCUUAAAUUUUCAUCUGACUGAGACCCUUCCAAAUUCAAGGACAAGAACCACGCCAGCUCACACUUUUCUCAACUGAACUUUUUUAUACAUACAUACAUACAUAUAUAUAUAUAUAUAUAUAUAUAUAUAUAUAUAUAUAUAUAUAUA